AUGGUUCAAGAUAUGGUGAAAGCAGUUGAGAAAAUUAAGAGACGAUUAAAGACAACUCAGGAUCGACAGCGUAGCUAUGCAGAUGAACGACAACGACCAUUGGAGUUUGAAAUAGGAGAUAAUGUUUGUAUUAAAAUAUCUCCUAUCAAGGGUUUACUAAGAUUUGGGAAAUCCUUAAACAUAUUGUUAACAAAGACGCCAACUGAUAUUCAUCUUGAUUUGACUUGGGAAGAAAAACCAAUCAGAAUAUUAAUGAAUGAUACUAAGAAGCUUCGCAAGAAGGAAAUACCCAUAGUUCGUGUUUUGUGGCAAAGUAAUGCCAUCGAAGAAGAAACUUGGGAAAGAGAGGAUGAAAUAAAAGCUCAAUAUCCCGAACUCUUUGACUAA